UUAAGACUUAAGUUUCGGAAAACAUACAUAAAAACAAAGCCACACCACAGAUUAUAACAUGCCCAUAGUGCAGUUCGGUUGUUGAAAUAUAAUGCAUGAUGCGAUGCUAACCUGCUGGGUGCUAGCUGUGCAUGCAGUGGGGUCGAUACUGGGCACGGAUAAUGUAACCACAAUCAAAGUGGGCGUCCUGCUCAUGACCGCAGAGCCGGAGCCGUUCGACCUGCGGCGGACAGGGCCGGCACUCGAGAUCGCCUUCGGGGUUGCGGAGGGUGCCAUUGGGAUUAAGUUUGAACCGGUCUACCACAACUACACGGGCUUCUGUCCGAAAGAAACAGUGAUCGGGCACCUGUCAGAGCUUUAUUACCAUGACAACGUGAUGGCCGUGCUUGGACCCGCCUGCUCAUCCACAAUCCCGGCGGCCGGCCGGUUGGCGCAGUACCUGGGAUUACCGAUGGUGACGGGGCUUGGAGACCUGGUCGUCAGAGACGUCCUCAACGAGGACAUGUAUGAGAGCCUAACCAUCCUUUCGUACAACGUCCGGAAACUCUCCAAUUCGAUAUCUGCAAUCAUGUCCGAAUACAACUGGUUCCACACGGCCAUCCUGUAUGACAUCUCGUACGUGUUCUUCGACCUAGCCGGUUCAAACUUGGUGCAUGACUUCCGGACGAACCCGGAUAUGGAGCGGCCCUAUGACAUCGCCUUUAACCCAUCAAAGGUCACCGACUACGGGGAACUGUUGCUGGAGGCCCGCAAUUACGCCAGGGUGUUUGUGAUUUUCUGCGAUUCGGACGUGCUGCGGACUGUGCUGUACCGCGCGCACCAGCUGGGUAUGACGUCAGGCGAGUACGUGUUCAUCACCAUGGAGCUGUUCCCUAGCGACUGGCUCGGAUACUAUAUGAACUUUCUCAGAGGAGACGAGAAGGACGCCGCCGUCACAAGAGCAUACGAGUCCCUGCUGCUGUUGACAUUACGACAGCCCGACAAUGCCGAGUACAAAACAUUCGCGGAGCAGGUUAAAAUACGGGCAAAACGGGACUAUGGUUACGAGUUCGGGCCCGAGGAAGCGGUAAACUACUUCAUCACAGCGUUCUAUGACAGCGCCAUCUACCUGGCGCUCUCUUACCGGGCCGUGCUUGAUGACGGCGGCGACAUCCGGGACGGAAACCUAGUCGCUCAACGGCUAUGGAACACCACAUUCCAAGGAAUCACAGGUCCCGUGAAGGUCGACGAGGUGGGUAACCGGGUGGCCGAUUUUGACCUUUUCCACAUGAAGUCUCCAGACACAAGACUGUUCGAGCGGGUUGGUCGGUUCCGGGGCGCCACCCAGUUGUACGCGCCUACCACCGAUGUGUACAUCCAAUGGCCGGCCGGGCUGCCCGUUGACCGACCGCCUUGUGGAUUUACCGGGGAGCUAUGUAUCCUCGUGACUGACGAUCAGACGAUGUUGAUCAUAGUGCUGGUCGUCACGCUCACCAUUCUGGCAGUCAUCGUCACCACGGCCGUUAUCCUCUUAUACAGGCGAAUGCGGACUGAGCACGAGCUGGAGCGGAAAUCAUGGCUGUUCAAGCACUCGGAUAUCAAACUGCGUCACGGCCGUCUCAACGACUCAUUCAUGUCCAGGUCACUCCUAACACUCGACACCAAGGAAGAGUUGACGCAAUUGUUCACGCAGACGGGUUACUGUAACAACCAGACGGUCGCAAUACGGAAGUUACAUCUACAAAACGUCGAGAUCAACAGGCAGCUCGCCAUAGAGUUCCGACAGAUGCAGAUGUUGUCGCACGGGAACGUUGCGAAGUUUGUGGGGGCGUGUCUGGAACCAGGUCACAUGGUCCUUAUGAUGGAAUAUUGCCCUCGCGGAAGUCUACAGGACAUGUUGCAGAACGACAGUAUAGAGCUGGACUGGUCUUUCAGGUUCUCGCUCAUCAACGACAUCAUCAAGGGCAUGCUUUACCUACAUUCGAGCCCGCUACGGUUACACGGACGGCUUACGAGCACAAACUGUGUCAUAGACAGUCGCUUUGCCCUCAAGCUGACGGACUACGGACCCCACAGCCUGCUGGGGGUCGACAGGGAGGAGGAAAGGAAGAAGUCUUUCGCCCAGAGCACAUUCAACAAAGGAAAAUUGCUGUGGGCGGCACCAGAGCACCUGCGGACAAAAACGGGGCAUGUUGGCUCCUCACAAAAGGGGGACGUGUUCUCCUUCGCCAUCAUCUUACAGGAGAUAACCAUGAGGUCGGGUCCGUACGAGGGAAACGACGAGACCGUGGACGAGAUCCUUGCGCGGCUUAUCUCCAGCCAGGAAAUACCGCUACGCCCAAAGGUUUGCUCGGAUAUGUGUUCCCGGGAGCUGCGGGACAUGAUGGAGUCCUGCUGGCAGGAGGAAGCCGCCGACAGACCAACAUUUGUGGAACUUGAGGAAACUUUCCGUCGCAUGAGGGCGGGUAAGACAACGAAUAUUAUGGACAACCUGCUGCAGCGGAUGUCGAAUUACGCAGACAACCUGGAGACACUAGCGGCGGAGCGUACCAAGGCGUACCUGGAGGAGAAACAGAAGGUCGAGGAGCUCCUCUUCAGGCUUUUACCAAGGUCGGUGGCCCACCAGCUGCAGACGGGCCAGUCCGUGGUACCUGAGUCAUUCCAGUGUGUCUCUGUCUAUUUUUCGGAUAUCGUCGGCUUUACCAAUAUCUGCAGCGCUAGCUCGCCAAUAGAGGUUGUGGAUUUCUUGAAUGAUCUCUAUACUGCUUUCGACAACGCAAUUGGAAGGUUUCGGGUAUACAAGGUGGAGACCAUCGGUGACGCGUACAUGUGCGUGUCUGGCCUACCGGAGCGUAUCGGGAAUAACCACGUGACCGAGAUCUGCGAUAUGUCCUUCGCCAUCCUGCACACCGUCCGCGGCUUCAAAGUCAGACACAUGCCCUCUGAGCAGCUCAGCAUCCGCAUUGGAAUCAACUCAGGUCCGGUGGUAGCGGGGGUGGUGGGGCUGACCAUGCCGCGCUACUGUCUGUUCGGGGAUACCGUCAACACUGCAUCCAGGAUGGAAUCCACAUCAGAAACAAUGAAGAUCCAGUUGUCGGCGUCGUCGGCACGGCUAUUGGCGGCGUUUCCAGAUUACGUCACCGAACCACGUGGAGAUGUCGAGAUCAAGGGUAAAGGGACGAUGGUGACACAUUGGCUGCUCAACGUUCGGCAUCGCAUGAGUGUCAUAGAGCCGUUCAGCCUUCCGGUCGCCUCAACGUCCGUCUCGCAUCACUCAAAUGGAAGCAACAAGACGCUGAAGCGCAGCCACGAGUUCACGGUUUAACGACGGGCCAAUAUGUAAUACCACGAGGACAUGCGCUGCCCAGAGAGCCCUGGUCAAUAUGUAAUACCACGAGGACAUGCGCUGCCCAGAGAGCACUGGCUUGACGAUAGACUAUUAUCACCUUUCUCUUAAACCAUUUGUUUUAAACGUGACCAAAACCAAAAUCAACUCUAUUAUAAAAUACACACUCAUUUUGUCAAGCAUCUUUUUUUCUUAAACCAAAUUCCGUGCUGUAAUGGAAGGUAAAUGGAAAACAAAUGAAGAGAGAGUGUAAUGGAGGCGAUACACGCAACGAUCUUAUAUGUUUUUGUCGUUGUCAUCAAGUGCUAUGUAUGUUUAAAUGCAGCUACGAACUUAUGAAUUCUAAGAAACUUAAAGAAUUAUAUUAAUAUUGUUUGUUAUGAUGUUUAAAGCAAAUUAUAUUUUUAAACACACAACGAAAGAAAACUGUUCAAGUUUUAUUAUAGUGAAUAUAAAUGUUGUUGGACGUUGGUAGAUGGCGACCAUCAAAGAAAACCAAAGCGUGUAUUAAUUGUUGAUGAAGUUUUAUCAUUAUCGAAUGUUGUUUCUUAAAAAUAGAAACAUAAACAUGUCAUGUUUACUAGCAGCAUUAUUUUUGUGUAAUGCAUCUAUCAUGAUUUGCCCCCACCGCCCCCAAAUAAAAGAGCGUUGGGCAAUGGACAUUGAAGCUUGAAAAAUUGUCAAAAAUUUUUCAGUUGGAUGUGUCUGUGGUAGAAAAAACCCUGGCCAAGUAUAUAUUUCAGGUGGAGGUGUCGUCCGGUCCGUUGAAACCCAACUAGUAACGAUUCGUCCGAUGUUAUAAGGUCUCACUGCCCCCCACCCCCUACCUCACUUCCCCAAAUCAUAAUACAUGUAUAUUUCUUGUCAGAAACGAACUUAAUUUUAUCCCCGAAUGAUAUAUGUUGUCUGUAUAUAAGGUGUGUUUGAUUAAAGUCCGAUUUAACAAAGGGUUCAGGACCAUAGAAGGCGCUUUGAUAUGUCGUUAUACUUGUUUUCUUUUCUUAAAAUCGUAUAUAUAUAUUGUUAAAAGAAUGGCUAAAGCAUAUAAAAUUCACCAAAACUAAAAUGCGAUCGCGUAAUUCCAGAUCAAUGAUAAAUGAUGCAAUCAUUCGGAACAGU